AUGUCAACAUCCAAUGGAGAUGAGCAGCAGAAUGUACUAUCUUCGUCGAUUUCCCAAGAAUCGAUUGACAGUCCAAAUGAAAAGCCCUAUACUGAUCAAGGAAUCAAUGAAAAAAUUGUACAAAAAAUCCGUUCUCUUAUCGAAAUAGGUAAAUUAACUUCGAGCGAUAUCGAUAAUCGUGUAUGUGAACAACUACGAUCGAUUCCUGAUGAUGCCACCACUAUUGAUUCAUUAUUUGCUGAAUUUAAUAAUUCCGAUUUAACCGGUGUAGUCAACAAAGGGCCGUUUUUAUGUAAUUUUAUCAAAAAAUGGAAAGUAGACAAUCCACAGCAAGCCAAAUCAACUGCGGCUGACUCGCAAUCAGGGCAAGACUUGAGUGACAGUGCACGUGCACAUAAACCAGGACCAGACGAAGCGAAAUUGAAACAAAUCCUCGAUCGAACAGGAUACAAAAUUGAGAUUACCGCUGGACAACGUAAAUAUGGCGGACCACCACCAGAUGGACCUGAACGAGCCGCACAACACAGUGAAGUUUUUAUUGGUAAACUGCCGCGUGAGAUAUUUGAAGAUGAGUUAAUUCCACUUUGUGAGAAAGCUGGCAAAAUCUGGGAUUUACGUUUAAUGAUUGAUCCUGCAGCAGGUUUCAACAAAGGUUACUGUUUUGUUACUUUUUGUUCUCCCGGAGAGUCAGCGAAAGCAUGCGAACUGCUCAAUGGUCACGAAAUUCGUCCAGGAAAACCAAUUAAAGCAAAUAGCAGUGUAGCUAAUCUUCGUUUAUUUAUUGGCAAUAUUCCGAAAACAAAAUCAAAAGAAGAGAUCAAAGAUGAACUGUCUAAAGCUGUUGAGGGUGUUACAGAUGUAAUCAUUUACGCUCCUGCCGAUGAAGCUGAUAAGAAGAAGAAUCGCGGUUUUUGCUUCGUUGAUUUCGACACGCACAAAAAUGCAUCAGCUGCAAAGAGAAAAUUAGCAAAUGGUCGCGCUCGAGUAUUCAAUCGUGAUAUAGCUGUUGAUUGGGCAGAUCCGGACGAAGAUCCUGAUGAGGAUACGAUGGCUCAAGUGAAAGUUUUGUACGUCCGAAAUUUAACAUCCGAGGUAUCAGAAAAUGAUGUCAAAGAUUUCUUUUUGCCAUACGGUAAUAUCGAACGUGUGCGCAAAGUUCGAGACUAUGCAUUUGUUCACUUUGAUAAACGAGAAGAUGCUUUAAAUGCUAUGCGGGCACUUAAUGGAAAGAUGCUUGGUCGUAAUCAAAUUGAAGUUAAUCUAGCUAAGCCUUUGAGUGAUAAGCGAAAGCAAGCACAAGCCAAACGUGAACAGCGCAAACCGUUCGACACACGAGAUAGUUUUGCCGAUUAUCCACCUCCAAGACCAGCAGGAAACACGAGAGGAUACCAUCAGAACAAUUCAGUACGCGGAAAUGGACGAUCCAAUGGUUCGUUCAAUAGCAAUAAUUUUGGUGCUUUUGGUGGAGAUAAUUCCAUGGGUGGUGGUGGCAAUGGUAGCAAUCCACCACCACUACCACCACCAUCACGCGGUGGAUCAUCUUACCGGGGCAGUCGCGGAGGACGCCACAAUGGACCAUCCGGUAGUGAACGAAGCGGUUUUACAGGUAAUCGAGGAAGUGUAGGCGGAUAUAAUUCAGGUAAUCGUGGUGGAAAUAACAAUUUCAACCAAAACAAUCGGGGCAGUUAUAAUAAUAACAAUUAUCGAGGUGGAUACGGGGAAUCAUCACAAAAUCAUAAUGCAGGUGGCUAUAACAAUAACAGUAAUUUCAAUCAGAUGGGAAAUAGCGGUUUUAACAACCAAGGAAAUUUCGGAGCAUUCAGUGGGCCAACAUCGAACAAUAAUCAAUCGUUUGGUCGAUCAUCGAAUCAAAUGGGCAUGGGUAAUAGUGGCUUUGGCAUGAAUCCAAUGCAACAAAAUCAACCAUAUGGAGGUAUGAAACGACCACCGAACCAGAUGAACGAUGGUAAUAUGUCGAAACGAUCCCGUCCUGAUACAGGAUCGUGGGGCGCCAUGGGUGGCGAUGGAAGUGAUAAUUCCAAUAGUGGUCCACAACAGCAGAAUGCCGGUGGAAAUUGGUACCAAGAUCAGGGCUACAACAAUUCCCAGCAACAGUCCAGCUAUAGCUGGAACUGA